AUGGACUGUAAUAGGGAUGAGGGAACUGCUGCUCAUGCUGGUCAUCUUCCGGGUCCUUUCAGAAUUGAUCGUGAUCUUUGGUCGCCCGAGCGCUUUUGGACGAGUAACGUGUUGUACACCCUGGUAUGGGCAGGCUCUGGGUGGAUGUGGAACCGCGCUUGGGGGCCAUACGCACUGGCUACUCUCGAGCACCUCGAUGUUGAAUCUCCGAUCCGUAAAAAUGCCGAUCGUUAUAUGGAGAUUUCUAAGGAAGAUGUUGAGAAUCCCGAACACGCCCUGAGCAAAGUUCACGAAGCCUUGUCGACGCACCCACUGAUCGCCGUCCCGUGGCCGGUCUUGGUUGAAAGAGCAUGGAAGCUUCAGCCAAAGAAGGUGGCGCUCACAUGUGGAGACCAGACGAUCACUUACGAAGAGUUUGUGGCAUAUGCCGGUAUUGUCCAGCGUAUGUGCAUGCGUACGGUGGAGCGAGGUGCACAUGUUUUGGUGACCUUCUCGGACUCCCCGUGCUCGAGACUCACCUGGGCCGUGGUUAUGUAUGCCUUAGCCGCUUCGGGAGUGCCUUUUUCUUUGAUGGAUCGACGCACUUUGACCAACGCUCCUGCUCGCGAGAGAAUGCUUGAGCGUUGGGUGCCGAAAGUUUGGAUUUGCUGUGAUCGGGAGGCUCAUUCUGCUCCGGUCGGUGGUAUGGCGAGCAUCCCUUGUCGCACAGAUGUAGCGCUGGACUUUAUUAACAAGGAGGUCGUGGUCGAUGGAUGA